AUGCCAAAGCUUGCCAGAGUUCACGGGAGCGCGGAAUCACACAUGCUCACAUAUGCAGGUGUUCUGCUGUAUGAGACUUUGGCAUGGGAAGUGAAACUACCAAAGGAAAUUCAUGGCCUCAAAGGUUCUUGUCUGGUUAUACCGUGCUCUUACUCUUACACUUCAAACCCACCAACUAACCCACAUAGAGUUGUGUGGUAUCAGUGGGUGUCGAUUGGCUACCCUUUAGUUUGUCAUCCACAGAAAAUAAAACAAGUCAUAAGCAAAUUCAAAGAAAAAACUGAUAUAUAUAACCCUACAAACUCAGAUCGGGAUUGUAGUCUGCUGAUCAAAAGCGUGGAUCCGUCUCACAAUGGAGAAAAAUUAUAUACAUGGAUUGACCCAGAAAAUAUUGGGUGGCGCACCUACAAGUUUUAUGAUGUUACCUCCACGAUUAUUGUUGACGCAAAUCCACAGCAGCCCAUCAUAAAUAUCUCUGGAGGUUUAAAGACCGGUGACAACAUUACAGUAGUGUGUUACACCAACCACACCUGUCCAUACAGCAAACCAAACAUUACUCUGAAGGGUAUUGAAGGAUCUGAUAAAAUAGAUGAUGUUAAUAUUGAAAAGGAUCAAUGGAAAACUACCCGGACACGAACCGGUGUUGUGAAGGCUGAACAUUUGGAUAUUGAGUGUACUGUAACACAUCAUGGAGGCAUAACAGCAAAAGCUACAAAAUCACAAAGUGCAAAAUGUGUCUAUUAUAAUAUAACCAUUGAGCCUAAACUGGCAGCAGAUAUAAUAGAGGGUGUUGAAAAGACCUUCACUUGUACCGUCCAUCAUUCCUGCCAGAAGAAUCCUCCGAUCCUCUCCUGGAACUAUGAGAAUAUGCCGGUCAAAGAUGGAAAGAAACAACUUACAGGGUUUGAAUUGGCCACCUUUUCCACCAUAACCUUUUUGGGGGCAAAGAAAGACGAUGGGAAGAAAUUAAUCUGCACUACAAAUAUUUCUGGACAGAAAAUCACAGCAUCUGUCGACUUACAUGUACAACCUGUUUCCCAGAAUGAACCCGAUGUGAUGACCUUUGACUUGAAGACAAUUGGUCUUUACAUUCUAGCCCCUUCAUUUGUCUUUCUUCUCAUUUGCAUAUUUGCUGGAGUCAUCAUAUACAAGAAGUGUAACAGGUCAAAGGAUGUGUAUGCAACUGUGGGAGUCAAGACUUUCUCUAAAGCCCGUAUACCAUCAUCAAAGAGUCAGAGAAAUUCCUGCCCUAUUGAGGAUUAUGAAGAGAUUUACACCAUCAUGGAAGAUCUCAGCAUUUAUAGAAAAGUCUAA